AUGGCAUCACAACAAACCGCUCCUGAUGCGGAGCGGGAAUAUAAGCUAAUCUCCCAACUCGAGAUGCGCAUCGCCUCCGCGUCGACAGAUGAGAAACUGGAGUCCAUUCUCAAAAAGUUCCUCCCAGCUCUACUUCUAAAGCUGGCCUCUCCGACUCCUCGAAACCGCAAUCUGGCAAUCAAAAUCUCCCAGUACAUCAACCAACGGCUGAAGAUCACCUCGACCAUCAAGAUACCUGUGACGGCGUUGGUCAAGACGUUUCGCGAGAACGACAACGCCUUUGUCAAGCGAUUUUGUCUCGUUUUUAUUGAGCAAGGGCUUCCGAGGCUGGAAUUGGACCAGGGAAUCGAGACACUGCCCGGGGUAUUGCAGUUCGCCAUACCGAAAGCCGGAGAAUUCGAUGCUACAGAUCGGAAAAUGUGGGCUAUCGCAUUCGACUUUCUCCUCGAAGUCUUGCGGAAAUGGAAGAUCCCGGAGCGGGGUAGCAAGGAAGACCUGGCUCUUUCUGAAACCUUCGCCCUGUCGACGACGCAGGCAGAUUUGCUUGCCAGCCGUUUGUGCGAUUUCUUGCUUUACGACCCAAAAGACUCUUCCACUGGUCGAGCCCUAGACGAGGAUUUCCAGCCUGUCAUGGAGAAGAACUUUAACCACCGCUCAGAGAUCGCCUUGCCAAUUGCGAAGUUCCUGUUUACCUCCAUCUUCACCGACGAACAACGUCUCAUGCCUGCCACUAUCAUGUCUGUAGACCCCAAUGCCUCAGCGGCAAAUAUGAGCGAUGUUAUGUUCAAGCAAUGCAACUUCGACCUGGAAUCCGAGUCGGCGAUUGACAUGCUCUUCGGCCUUUACAAACAGUCCAAGCCCAAGCUUCAAACACGGAUCUUAGGCUUGUUAUCUCGCAGCCAGAAUUCCUCCAGGCGCACCAAGCAGGUUAUGGAGAUUGUCGAGAAACAGCUCACAAGCACACCCAACGCGGGUCUAGAGGCGGCAAAGCUCCGAGCCGCUUUAUUCUCCUAUCUAACAUGGACGGUGCGCGUUGGCGGCCAACAUCUUGCCGGAGAAAUCAGCCACCGCAUACAGGACUUGUUGAAAGAAUACGUUGAAAUGCAAGGAUGGCCGACAAUGAACAGCGACCACUCCGCAACCUCAUCGGAGGUGGAACUUCGUUCGAAAGCGUAUGAGAGCAUCGGCCUCCUCGCAGGUCUCAAAACGGAAGCCACGGACAGCAGUCGAAUGGUGGUUCUGAUUACGUGGUUUUUUACCAGCCUUCGCUGUGAUACGACACGUGAGAUAAGAAGCAGCAUCGAAGAAUCGAUCGGGCGCAUCAUGAAUGCUCUCCCGAUCCUCGACGAACCGUCAACUGCAAGUCACCUAAAAGACCUCUUCUUGUGGAACGUCUUAGCAUCACCAGGCCAGGAAGACCCCAUCUACUUCCUACCAACGGUCAACAGCACGACCUAUCCGGCCGUACGAUUUGCGAACAAAUGCCUACCGUUUAAUGACGUGGAUGCUCGGUUUAUCGACGUCCUGGCUUUGGCCUCAGCAAGCGGAAGAAGAGAGGUAGCUGAGGAAGGAAUUAGGGGAUUGGAUCCGUAUUGGCAUGCUUCAAAUAUGCGCCUCACCGCCGCUUCUGGUGAUGGCAAGCUCGAGCUCCCCAAGCUCGGUGCGCUGGUGGAGAGGUUCUUCAAGACAGAUGCGGCGCAGAUGAAAUACUAUGACAAUCCAACAGUGCUGGCCGCUGCGGUGACAUUUUGUCGGAACAUCCUACUCUGCGAAGCCUUACGUGGGACAGGACUCGUUCCUGAGGAAUCGGUGGAUUGGAAACGGACUAUCGACGCCUUGGUUGACAAUGAUCAAGACGCACGACGACGAAUACGGGCUCAUUUGCGAAACCUAAGCGGUGACAUGCUAUUACCAUUGAUGCUCGCGGCAUUAGAUGGUGUAUCCAAGGCGUCUGAGGAGUGUCUGCGUUUAUCUCUUGAGCUCCUCUCUCUUGCUCCGAACGACUUGUUGUUCCACCUCAAGGAUUCAGGACUCGAGGCAGCUUCACGUGUUGCAGCGAAUCCAGGCUUGCAGCUUCGAGCUGCUCGGAUUUUCAGCAUUCUUGCUUCUCUGGAUGACAACGCCGAAGACUUUGCGAAAGCCGAGUUGAAUGAGGCCAAACAUUGGAAAACGGCUGUUGGAGAAGAACUGAUAAAGAUUCAAGGCCAUCUCCUCCGCGCAUGUUUCUGUCUCACGAGGAGAUCGCUCAGGCUGAAGCUACAGGUAUCCCCUGAGACUUUACGCCAUACGGCGGAGACGGUUAUUGAGAUUGUCAAGACUUCUUCCGACAGGUCAGUCAAGGACGCUGCAUACAGGUGUCUCCGUCAAUUGGCUCUCUGCACUGCAACCGAAAAUGGAACAAAUGACGAAGAUUUGUUGAGUCAAUUGAUCGCGGACAGCAAGAAAGAGAGCGAAACAGCAGUUUCGGCCGCAGGACCAGUACUUGGGAUCUUGCAUACGCGGGGCACCAAUGUUUCCCUGUUUAAUUCGUUCCUGGAUCGAUUGUUGGGGCUUCACGAAGUUAAACGAGCGGAGUUUCACUUCGCGUUAGGAGAAUCCCUUGCUGUUGCUUGUGCCGGGUUCAGAUCGCUGUCCACGCUGGCAGAACUUGACGUUGACGCUGAUGUUUCCGAGUUGGAUGUCAAUGAACGGCUUCUGAUCGCUGUCCUUGACAAGGUCCUUGGGGAUUGCAACACCACAAAGCCAUCGCUCAAGAAGGCCGCUGCAAUCUGGCUAUUAUGUAUCAUCCAAUACUGCGGCGAGUUACAGGCUGUUAAAGUGCGGCUUAGAGAAUGUCAAGCUGCCUUUGCCAGAUUGCUGAAUGACCGCGACGAGGUCGUCCAAGAGACCGGUUCCCGGGGUCUCAGCCUCGUCUAUGAGCGGGGUGACAAGCAACUUCGAAACGACCUGGUUAGGGACCUGGUCCAAAGCUUCACGGGCAGUAAUGCCAAAAUGUCCGGCACGGUCAAUGAAGAAACGCAGCUCUUCGAGCCUGGUGCGCUGCCCACCGAAAAUGGACAGUCUGUUACGACUUACAAAGAUAUCGUCCGUCUUGCCACGGAAAUGGGAGACCCGAGUCUGGUGUAUCGUUUUAUGAAUCUGGCCUCGAACAAUGCCAUCUGGUCAAGUCGUGCAGCGUUUGGGAGAUUUGGGCUUGGCAGUGUGCUGGCAGAUUCCACAUACCUGACAGAGAACAAGAAGUUUUAUCCUAAGCUUUUCCGGUACAGAUUCGACCCGAACCCCAAUGUCCAACGGUCUAUGAACGAAAUUUGGCGCGCACUGGUCAAGGAUCCGAACGCCGUCAUCAAGGAGAACUUUGACCUGAUUAUGGAGGAUCUGUUGCAGAGUGUUGUGUCUGGCAAGGAAUGGCGAGCCCGCGAGGCCAGCUGUGCUGCAAUCUCCGAUCUCGUGCAGGGGCGAGACGUUGACAUGUUUGAAAAGUACCUUGAUGAGAUUUGGCAGGUGGCUUUCAAGGUCCUGGACGAUGUCAAGGAGACAGUUCGAAUGGCAGCUAUGAAACUUUGCAGGACAUUGACAAGUAUGCUGAUUCGCAAUCUGGAAAUCGGGGAAGGACAGUCGAAGCGCUCCGCGACCAUGCUCAAUCACGCCAUGCCGUUCUUGCUGCAACAAAUGGACAGCGGCGCGGCUAAGGAAGUGCAACAAUAUGCUAUUGUAACGCUUUUGGAGGUGGUGAAGAAAUGUCCUCCAAAAUCUCUGCGCCCCUUUGCACCGUCAGUUUUGGAGACUCUUGUGCUUUCCCUUAGCUCUCUUGAACACGAGAGUAUCAACUACCUACAUUUGAAUGCCGACAAGUAUGGAUUGACCGCCGACAAACUGGACAAGAUGAGAGUUUCGAGCAUCAACGCAUCUCCAGUUACAGAGGCAAUUGAGGACUGUUUGGAGAGCGUUACCAUGUUAGUUGACUCCAAGGACGACCCCAAUGCCAUGCAAGGGGUCAUAUCGAGUUCACACAUGGAAGGAAGCCUUGCAGUGAUGGAUGAUACAAUGCAACGGCUUACAAAUGCAUAUCGAGCCGCGAUCGGACUCCCAUCCAAAGUCGGCCUGAGCAGAGUCAUGACCACGCUAGUUGUUCGCCAUCCAACGGCUUUUCGGCAAUACGCAGAUCGGUUCAUACAGUUGACGCGGAAACACAUUCUCGACCGCAACGCCACGAUCAGCGUUGCCUUCAGUACCUCACUAGGCUAUUUGAUGAGACUGGCCUCGGACAAGGAGAUCCAAGCUACUAGUAAGUACGCACAACGGUUGUAUUUCGAGUCGCAGGAACUAAGCCAUCGUUCUGUGGCCGGCGAAAUCAUCCAGGCGAUUUCAAAAGCUGCCAAUGACGUUUUCAUGAACUUUGCCUCGACCUUUCUCCCAUUUGCUUUCAUUGGCCGACGGGACACUGACAAGGAGGUCAAGGAGACCUUCGAUGUUCCUUGGAAGGAGAAUAUUGGUGGCUCUCGUUCCAUUAAUCUCUAUCUGACCGAGAUUGUGGGACUCAUAUCGGCACAUAUUGGAUCCCCUCUGUGGCCAAUUAAGCAAGCUUGCUGUUUGGCAGUCGCUGAAUUGGUGGCGUCGAUGGAGGUACAAGGACAGUUCUCGGACAGCGAUGCAUCUCUCAUCUGGGGGGUGAUGCAAGCAGCCCUGGAUGGGAAAACCUGGGAUGGCAAAGAAGAAAUUAUCAAAGUGUAUCCCAAGUUUGUGCGGGAUGCUCAGUCACUGUGGUCCGACAUCCAGACCAGCCAGCAGAUGAAGAAGAUUGCCAUCCGCGAAGCGAAGCGGACCAACAUUGCUUACCGACCCCAUGCCAUUGAGGCUCUUGGAGAGUUUGCUGUCGCUCGAAAAGAUCUGGACCUCAGCCACGAGGUCCUGCCUUAUCUGGCGGAGUUGACGGAUGAGCUGACGAACCAGGAUGCCAUGGAGGUUGACGAGGCUAAUGGGAAGUCCCUGAAGAAUCGCGAUCAGACCGUUGGUGUUGAAGCGACGGUGAGCGCUGUUGUGUCUUGCAUGUUUAGGAUGCUUUCAACUCAUACCCACCCCGAGAGUCUGGACUGGGCGACGAAAAUAGUGCAAAAGGCCCAUGCCAUCCGAUCCAGCACACUCGACAUUGCACUAUACGACAGUGCAAAAUUUUUUGUCGUCAAUGGGCCAAAAUCAGAGAAAGUGGAUGGUGAUGGCCGUGAACGUGAAGGCUCUGACGACAAAAAUACCUCAGCCUCAAGCCUGGCAACAGCCUCAGCAAUACCACGGUCGUCGGCGCGGGAGGGUUCGGAGGUGGACGGUCGAACGGCUUGUGAGACAUUUCAGCCCCUGGUCAUGGCGGUGCUCGCCUAUCCACCGGAACCUUGGCGAGAACCGGAACGUGCGCGAAAAUCACGUGUGGAACUGGCUAUCGCCCUGGCCCAACAAGGCAUGCCUGACCCAGCAGCAUUAGCGGCGAUCCUCGACCCCUGGCUGGUCGAAGAACGGUCGAGGCCUUUACGUGAAGAAAUCGGACGAGCUCGACAGGCUUGCAAACGUGACUAA